ACUUGACUCACGAGUCAACAUUUAUUUUUGCUUCUGCAUUAUUGCAUUGGGGUUUUGCUGCUGCUGCUUCUUCUUCUUCUAUUUCCUUUCAGAUCUCAUUAAUUCUUCAUUUACAGUUUCGAAAUUGUAUUUCUGCAGUAGUGCAAUCUCCCCUUGAAUUUCAUUUGAGCCCAGGAAGCGUAAAGGAUAAGAUGGAGUUCAUGUACAAGUUGGGCGAGACAUUUUUGUCCAAGUUAGCAGAGAAGUUGGUCGACAUUGCUCUGACCAAAAACGACAAGGCCACCUUGGAAUCUCUUCGAAUUAACAUAAGGUUACUGCGCGCUAAAGCAUCUGAUGUCGAAGAUGCAAUCAAGAGGGAUGAGCAGUCUGGGAAAAGGAAAAGGAAACGAGAAGUUGGCGAUUGGUUAGAACAAGUUCAAUCAAUUGACAAUGAACUUGGUAUGUUGGAAAGUGAAAUGCAAAUGGAAGGCUUUGUGACUCAAUUCUUUGGUGGAGGUCGAGCAGCAAAACUAGAAGCAAGAGUGCGCGAGCUGGUUGAGCAAAGGCAGCAUUUUGGCGAGCUUGUAGUUGAUGAUUAUGAGAUCAAGGGAGACAAGUUUUGUGUUGAGGAGUUAGUAGGUGAGCAAUUCAAGAAAAAUUUGGAAACAAUUUUGAGUUUCUUGUCGUCUGAUGGGGUGUCGAGCAUUGGGAUUUAUGGCAUGGGGGGUGUCGGAAAAACAACACUUGCCAAGCAUGUAAAUAAUUGUCUUCAAGAGCAAAGUGGCGAGCAUGUUGUAUGGAUCACGAUCUCUCAAGAGUUUACAAUCUCAAUGUUGCAAGAAGAAAUAGCCAAAUCCGUAGGCUACAGUCUCUUAGAUGAGAGGAACGAAGAUAAAAGAGCAUCGCGAUUGAAUGCAAUGCUAUCCAAAGUAAAAAACCUUGUUAUUAUAAUGGAUGAUGUUUGGAAGCAUAUUGAUUUGAAAAAGUUGGGAGAUCCUCUCUCUGUGGACGGAUGUAAAAUAGUGAUAACGACUCGCUCAAAAAAAGUGUGUGAUCAAUUUGAUUGCAACAAAAUAAUGAAGGUGGAGACGUUGCAAGAAAAUGAAGCGUGGAUCUUAUUUAAAGAUACACUUGGACAACAUGUGAAUCUAACUUCAGACGUCCUGGAAAUCGCCAAGUGUAUGGUGAAAGUAUGUGACGGUUUGCCGUUGGGUGUUAUCACCAUAGCAGGAAGCAUGAAGGGUGAGACUGAGGUUCAUGUAUGGAGUGAUGCACUGGUGGAAUUAAGGGCAUCCAUACUGGGGCAAGAUGACAUGGAAGAAUAUGUAUUUAAAGUUCUCAAAUAUAGCUUUGACCGGUUGGAUCGAUGUGAAGGAAAGAGCAACGGGUAUUCAAAGUUUCAACAUUGUUUCCUAUAUUGCUCCUUAUAUCCAGAAGAUUAUAAGAUACGGGAAAAGGAUUUGAUCCGAUAUUUUAUUUUAGAGCAGUUCAUGGACAAAAGAGAUAGCAGGAAACAACUGUUUAUCCAAGGUCGCGCCAUAGUCGACAGAUUGGUGAAUGUUUGUUUACUAGAAAGAGUAGAUUCAAACAGUGUGAAGAUGCAUGAUUUGGUUAGAGCUAUGGCACUAAAGAUUGUGGAAAGAAAGACUGUGGUAAUAGCCGGGCACUAUUUAUUGAAGGAUAUUCCGACUGAAGAAGAAUGGGGCAAUGACAUUGAGAAGAUGUCUUUGAUGUAUAACGACAUAGGAACAAUACCGGAUGGAUUGUCUCCAAACUGUCCUAAGUUAUCAACAUUACUUUUGGCGAAAAAUAGUCACUUGCACAUCAUACCGAAUUCAUUCUUCUUACAUAUGUGCAGCCUGUCCAUUCUUGAUUUGUCUGAGACUGGUAUUGAGAGGUUACCAGAUUCUUUCUCAGACAUGAAAAGCCUCAAAGGGUUGAUCCUCGUGGAUUGUUCUAAGCUCGAAUGUUUGCCCUACUUGGGAAAACUGAAGAAUUUGAGGGAAUUGGAUCUCACAAACACUGGAAUACAACAAGUGCCUCAAGGGAUGGAAGAAUUAUCCAAUCUCAACUUUUUGUCAUUUUAUGGCACCCGCAGCUUGCAGAUGUUACCAAGCUGUUUGGUAUCGAAGUUCACGUAUCUUCAAAGCCUUUAUCUUCCUCAUAAGAUAUAUUCUCCAGUGGAAGAAAUACAUGAGUUGAAGCAUGUGGAGGAGUUUAGAGGGAGACUGAAAGAUGUUGAUGAUUAUAAUUUGUUGAUGAGAAACAGGCCAGGUUUAGCUUACUCCAUUGCUAUAGGAUCUGACAGUAAUAAUAAUGCAGACUGGUGGGAGUAUAAUCACUUGGAGUUCCAUGAUUGUAACUUCGAUUCAAGACAAGACAGAGACGUGACUACACCGGCCAGAGACGUCCAAUAUCUUCGAUUGAUCAAGUGUAAGGGGUUGAGCAAGUGUUUAGUGGAAGAUCUCAAACGGGUUUUCAUUAAUCCCGCUUCAAUAAAAAAGUUGGAAAUUGGGGAUUGUGAUGGAAUAGAGUGCCUUUGGAGGUUCGAACAAUCGGCAUCUUCAUCAUCAGCAUCCAUCUCAUCACACGGCACUUUCUCAUCACUUAACGACCUGCGUAUUUAUAGGUGCACCAAGAUGAAGAAGCUCGGGCUACCAGCGUCGCAUCUCCAGAACCUGAAAAAUCUCACAAUUGCUGAUUGUGGAAUGUUAGAAGAGAUAUUUGAAAUGAAGCUGCAAUUAGGAGAAGCAUCCAUGGUCUGCCAGCUCCCCAAACUAGAGUGUCUAUAUCUUCAAAAUCUGCAGAAUUUGAAGAGCAUCUGCUAUUCGACAACGGUCUGCUGCUGCUCGAUUCGUGAAAUUACAUUGUAUGAAUGCACUGCAUUGCACAAGUUUUCUUUGGUUUUCGGACAGCCAUACGAUGAUGAUGUGCCUACGGCAGCCAUCGAAGCUAUUCAGUUAAUGAACAUUGAGAAGAAAUGGUGGGAGAAGUUGGAGUUGGGGCAUCCCUCACACCAUUCUCUCCUGCAACCAUUCAUUAAAUGGCUAUGAAGUUGAAGGCAUAGUAGGUGGAAUUACACGAACAGACUGAAGCUGGAGACUCCAAACUGUCUAAGAACAUUCAUUUUAAGGAUAAAACAAUCUGCAUAUGCACAUUUUAUCAUCCUCAAAAGAGAUUUUGCUGAUAAGGUAAG